AUGACGAGAAUGUGUGACCUUCCAGGGGAUUUGGUAGAGGAGAUAUUCUCUAGAGUUCCAUUGAAAUCUCUGAGUGUAGCACGAUAUACUUGUAAAGCAUGGAACGAUUUAUCAAGAAAUCAGAUAAUUGAGAAAACAAGGAAACAGCAUCUUGGGUUCAUGGUGAUGGAUUCUAGGAUUUAUUCAAUGAAAUUUGAUAUCCAAGGACUCCGCAGCAACGACGGCAAGGAAGACUCUGUAAUUGGUCCAUGUAUAAAGCGAGCAAAUAUACUCAACCAAGUUGAGGUAUUUAACGUCUUUCAUUGGGAUGGCUUAUUGUUCUGCGUCAUCAAAGACAACAGGUGGCGCGUGGUUUGGAAUCCGUAUUUAGAGCAAACCAGGUGGAUCCAACCCAUACACAAGUACCACAAAUUUCACAGAUCAGACAUGUUUGCUUUCGGAUACAACGACAACGAUAACAAUAAUAACCACCUCGAUCUCUUUUUCGAACUCUAUGAUUUUAACUCUGAUUCAUGGAGGACUCUUGAUGUCAAUCCUGACUGUGAUAUCAAAAGAGGCGUGUCCUUGAAGGGAAAUACUUACUUCUUUGCUCAGGAACCAAAAAAAUUCAAGAAACCGUCACGUCCAAGUUACGUUGAAGUGUUUUUACUCUGUUUCGAUUUCACAGCAGAGAGAUUUGUACCGGGCCGCCUUCCUUUGCCCUUUCACUCUUGCAUGUGUGGUUUAGAAGAUGUGACUCUAUCUUGUGUUAGAGAAGAGCACCUCGCUGUCUUAAAACAACGCUCCAAUUCAGGAAUGGAGAUAUGGAUGACAACUAAGAUUGAACCUAAUGUGAUAACAUGGAACCAUUUUUUGAGAGUGGAGCGCGAUACUUUGCCGGAGAGAGGUCACUUUUGGAGCUUCUUCAUUGACGUAGAGAAGAAAGUCGCUAUGGUUUUCAAUUCCAUCGGAUCUCAAUGGUUGGAGAGAUAUGCAGCUUACAUUGUUGGAGAAGAGGAAUAUCUCAUAUCUGUGAAAUUCGGAGAAUUACCUCCGGAUUCUUUUUGGUGCAACUUCGACGAAUCAACCAACGGGGCAAAAGGAAAGAAAGAGAUUAUUAAGUAG